CGAGCUUGAUUUUAAAUUUGUGUCACUCCCUUCAACCUUAUGCCAUAGGCCGCUGAGGAUACCGAUGGGCUCACAUCGUCUUGCGCAGCUACGUUUUCUCUCGAACCAUAUCGUGUCUUCCUCGCUGGAAGAAAAGAGUCCGACAUCUUUGGUGUCAUCGUAUCCUAAGCGUUCAGCCUUGGGAGCGCUAUUCUCCAGAACGCUGCCAAGCUAUAGUGAUCCAUUCCGGGGUACAGCUUUCCCUGCGAUUGGGGAUGCGUCAUCGAUAUCAUGCUAUCUGAGUAAAUGACUAGUCAUCAUAUUCAGUCAUGGAGUUGGCUGCUCACGUCUGAUUUCGCAUUUUGUGGCGAGAUGGCUUCGCGUGGCUAUGUCGUAGUUGC